UCGCAGACCUGGAAGAGGAAGUAAACAGCGGCGGUCAGCUGACACCGCUACAGACUUUUGCAAGCUGUUUGUUUUUUCUCGGGACUCGGAGGUUUUUUUUGGUUUUUGUCGCGGCCGAAAUGUUACGACCGAAGGCUCUGACCCAAGUCCUGAGCCAAGCCAACACCAACGGGGUCCAGAGCACGUUGCUCCUGAACAGCGAGGGUUCUCUGUUGGCGUACUCGGGGUACGGGGACACGGACGCCAGAGUCACCGCCGCCAUCGCCAGCAACAUCUGGGCGGCGUACGACAAGAACGGGCACCAGGCGUUCAACGAGGACAAGCUCAAGUUCAUCCUCAUGGACUGUAUGGAGGGCAGAGUGGCCAUCACGCAGGUGGCCAACCUUCUGCUGUGCAUGUACGCCAAAGAGACGGUGGGCUUCGGGAUGCUCAAGGCAAAGGCGGAGGCGCUGGUGCAGUACCUGGAGGAGCCUUUAACGCAGGUGGCAGCGUCGUGAACGUGACCUCGUGUUUGGGACCAAUACGCCUCCGCCGUCAGAUGAGAGAGACAGAUGAGUGCGCUGCUGGAGGAGGACGCGGCGGCGGCGGCGGCGGCGGCGGCGUUGGAGUUUCUGUGUGACGUGUGUAAAUAAGAAUAAUAAGAGUGUUUUCUAUGUUAACAAUAAAAUGUACGGAUUUGAUUCACA